UUGAGCAAAAAGAAUAUGAGAAAGAUGAUCUCCUUAAGAUUAACAAGCUUCAUAUUGGUUGUUUGUCUUCUUGUACAUGCUCUAAAUAACUCCUUAGCUCAUGCUCAACAAGCCAAAGUAGAAAUUAUCAAAUCAAGAAAAAAUCAUGCUUUUGCAAUAAAGGAAAUUGGAAACAAUAAUCCAAUUGCAAAGGCAACUUUGGCAGGAAGAAAAAUGGUUUCUACACAAAAGGGUCAAAAAUUUGAUGAUCUAAGGUGGAUAAACAACCCAAAUGAAGCUCUUUCAGGAAAUGAUAAUGAGAGGAAUGUCUUGAAGACUCCUAAUUCUAUGGUAUCACUUGAUGUUUCACUUAAUAAGGUGGAGAUCAAGGCAUUUUUUAAUUCAAGAAACUCAAAGCCAACAUUCAGCAACUCCAUCAAGGAAAAGAUAACUCAAGAUUAUGAGUCAAGAGCUAGAAAAGAUAAUGAGUCAAAUAGACUUUUAGAAGCUUCUAAAGAGAUUAUGAAGCUAAUGGAUAGAGAUUAUGGAGGAAGGAAGCCCCCUAUUAAGCGAAGGUCACCCAUUAACAACCAUAAUACCAAACAUUAAAACAAAAACUACUUAUAUUAUAGGGUAGGCUGAGAGAAGGAUAGAUUUAGUGAGACUCAAAUUUUUAACUUUUUCUAAGAAGUGAUACUUAUUUUUCAACUGAAACAAUACUGAUUCUCACAC